UACAGCUUCAGACUAUCGACAACCAUCCACCACACCAAUUCCAACAUAAAAUUCCAAUUGAAUCGUCCGAUAUCAUUUGCCCUCAUGUAAUAGCUCAUUUUGAUUCAAAAAAAAAAAAAAAAAAAAUCCCACUCCUCCACCAUCUCCAUCCUGUCUCAAAGACGCGUCCCUCCUUUCGUUCGGUUUUUCACCCCAAUCCAAAGUUAAUAUUUUAAUUAAUAAUUUCCCGCUGCUAUUCUCAAACUCUACAGUCUACUGUAAAACUUCCAUAGCCCAUAGAUUACAUUUUUCACACAAAAAUCAAAACUUAACAAAAUCCAAGCCUUACUGUAAAAACCAGAGAAAAUAAGAAUCGUGGUGAACAUUGGCAGAGAUGAGAUUGGAGAUGAAUUAGAAUGUGGCAGUGAAGUGGUUGAAAUGGUAGAAUGUGGCGGUGAAGUGGUUGAAAUAGUAGAAGGUGGCAGGGAAGUGGUUCAAAUGGCUCAUUCUGGCUGUUACAGAUAUAAACAUCCCGAGAAAGAUUUGAUUGAUUUGGUGUUCUCUUGGACUCUCGAGGAUAUAUCCAAUGAAGAGUUAUAUAAACAGCAGGUGGAAAAGAUCCCUGAAUGUUUCCAGUCAGCGGAGGAUUACCUUGGUUCUUGCACUUUACCAUUAAUUGAGGAAACUCGUUCUGAGUUGUUUUCCAGUAUGGAGGUGUUACAUGAUGCACCAUUCGCUGAAGUAAUCUCAGUAAAGGAAUCUGGGUCACAUGGUUCAGUUCUGUAUGAGCUUAAAUUUGAUUCUUGGAGGAACAUAAAUAGUGAUAGUGGCAAAGAGGCAUACUCUCCCAAAUGCGGUGACCUUUUUGUUUUGUCUGAUGUGAUACCUGAAAUUUCCUCGGAUUUGGAACAGUGUGUACGGACAUGUACUUUUGCUUUGGCCAUGAAAGAUGCGAAGGAGUCCAAUGCUACAGAAGAUGAUAAAUUAUCAAGUUAUGUAAAGUUCCGGACUUCAAAGUUGGUUGAGGCUAAAGAUGGUAUGCGGAACUCUGUUUUUUUGCUGUGUUUCUGGUUAAUAUGACUACAAAAAUUAGAAUUUGGAAAGCGCUACACAUGUCUGGGAACUUACAGAUCAUUAAGGAAAUUUUGUGCCCCAAUUCCAUGGUCGAAGAAAUCUGUAAUAUUUGUUCUUCACAAGAUGAUAGCACUUGGGAUGAACAACUUGGCCGCAGAUUAUCAUUAGUCCUUGAUGAGUCCCAAGCAAUUGCAGUGCGUAGUUCUGUAUCGGCAGCACAGUGCAAUCACAAGUCUUCUAUUAAACUUAUUUGGGGUCCACCCGGGACUGGUAAAACUAAAACUCUGAGUAUCUUGUUGUACACCCUCUUAAGUAAGAGCUGUAGAACACUUGCAUGAGCUCCAACAAAUGUUGCAGUUAAGGAAGUGGCAUUGCGCGUCCUAAAGCUUGUUGAAAAUCCUCCCCACAUGGAUCCAGGACAGGAUGGGUUGUUAUGCUCACUGGGAGAUUCGCUCUUAUUUGGGAGUAGGAAUCGCUUGGAAAUUUUUGAUGAUCUUGAGGAGAUUUUUUUAGAUUAUCAUGUGGACAGGCUUGUGGAAUGUUUUGCGCCACCCAACAGUUGGAAGAUAUGCUUUACAUCCAUGAUAAAAUUUCUUGAAGACUGUGUUGCUGAAUAUCGUUUGUUGGAGAAUGGAUCAGUUGGCGAGGACAAAACUGGUGUCAACAAUGAUUCCGCCCCUGUGAUUCCAAGUUCAUUUCUUGGGUUCAUUAAAGAUGGAUACACAGCCGUGGUUUCUCCUUUGAAAAGAUGUGUAAGUGAUUUAUGCACCCAUCUUCCAAAAAGACUUCUAUUGCAGCAUAAUUUUGAAAGCAUGGUAUGUCUUCUUAAUUUGCUUGAUUCUUUUGGAGUUCUUCUGUCUCAAGAUAAUGCUAAUGACAAAGAAAUAGAGACGCUCUUUGCACAGGGGGAAGUUGUUGAUUUUUACCUUAAGCAUGAGAAAGAAGCAUAUAUGUCUUGUACUUCUGUUCAGCUGUACAAAGAUGAGGAAUGAGUGCAUUGAUGCUCUAAGAUCUCUUUGUCAGUCCCUUGCUCAUGUCCUUCCAGAGAGUAUGGACAGAAGUAUGGUAUGGCAGUUUUGCUUUCAAUCUGCCUCACUCAUCUUCUGCACAUCGUCUAGCUCGUAUACUUUGCAUAGAGUAGAAAUGGAUCCGCUGAACUUGUUGGUUAUUGAUGAAGCUGCUCAGUUAAGAGAGUGUGAAUCAGCAAUACCCAUGCAACUUAAAGGCAUACAGCAUGGUAUUCUAAUUGGUGAUGAGUGUCAGCUACCAGCAAUGGUUACUAGCAAGGUUUCUGAUGACGCUGGAUUUGGAAGAAGUCUAUUUGAAAGGUUGAGUUCGUUGGGACAUUCAAAGCGCCUUCUCAACAUUCAGUACAGAAUGCAUCCUAAAAUAAGUGCUUUUCCAAAUGGCAACUUUUAUAGAAACCAGAUUUUAAAUGCUCCCAAUGUUCUCUGUAAAAGUUAUGAAAGAUCCUAUCUUCAAGGACCUAUGUUUGGUCCAUACUCAUUUAUAAGCACUUCUGAUGGAAGAGAUGAACAAGAUAAUGUUGCACAUAGCAGGAAAAAUAUGGUGGAAGUAGCAAUUACUCUGAAGAUUGUACGGAAGCUUUUUAGAGCAUGGGAUGGCGCAAGAGAGAAGCUAACAAUUGGAAUAAUAUCCCCAUAUGCUGCUCAAGUAGCUGCAAUUCAAGAGAAACUUGGACACAAAUAUGAGAAGUUCGAAUAUUUCGCUGUGAGGGUGAAGUCUAUUGAUGGCUUCCAGGGCGGUGAAGAGGAUAUCAUAAUAAUCUCUACUGUCAGAUCUAACAGUGAAGGAUCUAUUGGAUUCCUAUCUAAUCUUCAACGAACUAAUGUUGCUUUGACUAGGGCACGGCGCUGUCUUUGGAUUUUGGGUGAUGGAAAAACUCUGCUUAGAAGUGGAUCUUGCUGGAGGGCAUUAGUUUCUGAUGCUAAAAAUCGGCAUUGUUUAUUUGAUGCUGGUGAAGAUAAAGAUCUAGCUAAUGCAGCAUUGAAAGCCAAGAAAGAACUUGAUCAACUGGAUGACUUAUUGAAAGGAGAUAGCAUACUCUUCAAAACUGCAAAGUGGAAGGUUUUGUUUAGUGAUAACUUUAGAAAGUCAUUUAUGAGAUUGAAAUCGUUUCAGACCCAAAAGUCGGUUAUCAAUUUGUUGCUUAAACUUUCCAAUGGCUGGAGCCCGAAGAAAGUGGACUCUGUUUGUGGAAACUCCUUGCAGCUCGUGAAACAGUUCAAGGUUGGACGACUUUAUGUUAUUUCUGCUGUCAAUAUUGCGAAGUAUUCAAGCUAUGUCCAAGUAUUGAAGAUAUGGGAUAUCUUACCUCUGGAGGAGAUGCCAAAACUUGUUAAGCGUCUUGAUAGCAUCUUUAGUAUGUACACAGACAAUUUCAUCAACCGCUGUAAAGAAAAAAAGGCUGAUGGGGAUAUGGACGUGCCAGUGAUCUGGGAACCAUGUAAUGAAGUUGUUCGAUAUAAUACAAGAACUGAGUCGUCUAGUGGGUUGAGUGUUGCAGAAUUUGAUGGAAGAAGCUAUCUUGAAAACUCAAAAGUGAACGAGAGCCUACUAUUGAUGAAAUUCUACUCUUUAUCAUCUGGUGUCGUGAGCCAUUUGUUAUCUGGAAGUGAUGGCAGAGAACUUGAUCUUCCUUUUGAAAUGACUGAUCAAGAAUUGGAAAUAACUCUUUUUCCAAGAAGUAGUUUUAUUCUUGGAAGAUCUAGAACUGGGAAAACAACUAUCUUAACCAUGAAAUUGUUUCAGAAGGAGCAGCAACACUAUUUCUCUUUGGAAGGGUUGUCUGAGGGUACAUGUUCUACGUCUGCUUCCCCAAAGAAUUGGAUGAGAGAGGGUCUUGGAGCGACAAACGGAACCAACCUACGACAAAUGUUUGUAACUGUCAGCCCUCAACUAUGUUCUGCUAUCAAGAAUCAAAUUUCAAAUUUGAAAAGUUUUAUCAGCGGCGGGAAAUUGUCAGCAGAAAAUAAGUUUACUGAUAUGCAUGACAUUGAUGAUACCAUUGCGUUCAGUAGCAUCCCCGAUUCUUUCAUUGACCUACCACUUGAUUGCUACCCACUUGUCAUAACGUUUCAGAAGUUCUUACUGAUGCUUGACGGAAGUAUGGAGGAUUCAUAUUUUGACAGAUUCAAUGAUGUAAGGGAGUUUUGUGCGGGAAAUACUGGAACAAGUAGGACUUUUGCCUUAAAUGCUUUUAUUAGAUCAAAGGAGGUUAAUUACGACCGGUUUAAUUCAUUUUACUGGCCGCAUUUCAACUGUCACUUGACCAGAAAACUUGACUCUUCAACUGUUUUUGUUGAGAUAAUGUCUCACAUAAAAGGUGGGCUGAUUGCUGGUAGAGUUCCUAAUGGCAAACUCAGCCGGGGGAAUUAUUUGUUGCUAUCUGAGGGACGGGUUUCCACUUUAAGCAAGGAUUUAAGAGAGCUGAUUUAUGAUAUUUUUCUUGAUUAUGAGAAGAAGAAGCUGCUGAAUGGUGAGUUUGAUUUUGCUGAUUUAGUCACGGACCUUCAUCAACGACUGCGAAAAGGGAUCUAUCGGGGUGAUCAAAUGGAUUUCGUAUAUGUUGAUGAGGUCCAAGAUCUAACCAUGAGACAGGCUGCUCUUUUCAAGUAUAUGUGCCAAAAUUUUGAGGCAGGAUUUGCUUUCUCGGGUGAUACAGCUCAAACUAUUGCAAGGGGUAUUGAUUUCCGGUUCCAAGACAUAAGAUCUUUGUUUUAUAAUGAAUUCAUCUCAGAACCAAGAAGUGAUUUCAAAGGGAAAGCACAGGAAAAGGUGCAUUAUUCAGUUUCUGAUUAUUUUCAAUUGAGUCAGAAUUUCCGUACACACGCAGGUAUUCUCAAGCUGUCUCAGAGCAUAAUUGAGCUUCUUUACCACUUCUUUCCCCUCUCUAUUGACUCUUUAAGGCCCGAGAAUAGCCAUAUCUAUGGUGAAGCACCGGUUAUACUUGAAUCUGUAAAUGAUGAAAAUGCAAUUGUAACUAUUUUUGGAAAUAGUGGGAGUACUGGUAGUAGUUUCAUUGGGUUUGGAGCAGAGCAGGUUAUUUUAGUACGCAAUGAUUCUGUGAAAAAAGAAGUCUCCGACCAAAUUGGAAAUCAAGCCCUUGUGUUGACAUUAGUCGAGUGCAAAGGCCUCGAGUUUCAGGAUGUUCUGUUGUACAACUUUUUUGGAACAUCUCCUUUAAAGAAUCAGUGGCGAGUUAUUUACGGACACAUGGAGGAACUAGGUGUGCUUCACUGCACCGAACAAAAAUCAUUUCCAAGUUUCUGCUCGGCCAAGCACAAAAUUCUUUGCUCUGAAUUGAAGCAACUAUAUGUGGCUCUUACUCGUGCUAGGCAGAGACUGUGGAUCUAUGAGAAUGCAGACAAAUUCUCGAUGCCUAUAUUUGAUUACUGGAAGAAGUUGGGAGUCGUACAGGUUCAACAUCUGGAUGAAUCUCUUGCACAGACAAUGCGAGUUGGAAGCAGCAAGGAAGAGUGGUGUUCUCGCGGUAUCAAGCUAUUUAAUGAGGGUAAUUUUGAGAUGGCGACGAUGUGUUUCGAAAGAGCUGGAGAUCCAUACAAAGAGAAGUGGGCAAAAGCUGCUGGACUUAGAGCUGCUGCUAACCGAAUGGGUGAUUCAAGUUCUGAACUGGCUCGCGUUCCUCUGACAGAGGCUGCUGAGAUCUUUGAAACAAUUGGAAAAUUCGAGAUUGCUGCAAAAUGCUUUAUUCAGUUGAAGGACUUCAAAAGGGCAGGUUUGCUUUAUCUGAAGAAUUUGGAGGAACCAAGGCUAGAGGAUGCAGCUGAUUGUUUUUCUCUUGCUGGAUGCUGGUCUAUUGCGGCCGAAGUGUAUUGUAGGGCUAAUUGCUUGUUGAAAUGCCUGACUGUUUGCACCAAGGGAAAUCUUUUGGAACCGGGGCUUCUGUUCAUAGAGAAAUGGAAAGCAGAUGGAAUCUCUGAUGCUGAUGCAACCAAAAGUCAAGGGCUGAAAGAAUUGAAACACGAGUUUCUAGAAAAGUGUGCAUUUCUCUAUCAUCAAGCGAAAGAUACAAAUAGUAUGAUGAAGUUUGUUCGGGCCUUCAACUCAUUGAACUUGAUGCGGACUUUCUUGGUAACUCAUAGUUAUCUCGAUGAGCUCGGGGUUUUAGAGACCGAGUUUGGAAACUGUAUGGAGGAUGUCAAUUCUGCCAAGCUGAGAGGAGAUCUUCUUCUUGGGGCAGAAAUACUGGAAAAGGGUGGGCGCUAUGAAGAAGCAUCGAGGAUCAUUCUUCUGUAUGUUCUUGUCAAUUCUCUUUGGAUAACAGGAAGCAAAGGUUGGCCCUUAAAGAAAUUCUCAAACAAAGAGGAACUUUUGGCAAAAUCAAAAUCGAUCGCAAAGACUAGCAAUGAUAACUUUUAUGAGUUAAUCUGCUUGGUGGCUAGCUCAUUAUCAGAGAAAGAUAGCAGCUUAGCAGAGAUGGGAGAUUGUUUGGCUACUUCCCAGAGGCUCGGUCAUUUGGAGCAGAAAUUAUGUACCUUCGGAAGAUUCUCGAUUACCAUCUUAAGGUAAGGUUUGCUAACUACGAACGUGAUGAAAUGGUUGUGUUGAACUCUGUGGAGCAUGCAGCAUUUAUGACUUCGCGUAAGAGGGUCUCAACUCAGACUUUAAUGUACUUCUGGAAUAUAUGGAGGGAGAAGAUAUUAAGCAUAUUGGCGUACCUUGGUUCUAUUGGAACAAUACAAGAAAAAGACUACAAGGGCUGUGAGGAGUUUUGUUUGAGUUACUUGGGGGUCUGCAAAACGGUACAAAAUAGCAGUUCCAUCUGUUGUACGAAAUGGGGAAUUGGUUACAAUGGAUGCUAACCAGUUUGUAUCUGCUGCUCAGAGUUACUGGGUUUCUCAAGUCACCUGUCUUGGUAUGAAUGUGUUAGAGAAGCUCAACACCCUUUAUCGGUUUUACGUUGGAAAGUCUCCCUCAUUGUUUAAUCAGGGAGUGACUUCUCUUCACAUAUUUGGAGUCACAAAAGGGCUCAUGGGAUCCAAGGUAUUGGACUGGGAGGCUCCUAAGGCACUACUAGAGAACUCGGCGUCUUGUAGACAGCGGUUUUUCGAAAUUGUAUGUCCCGUGGACUCCAAAAGGAUUUUUUUAGAAGAUAUGAUUAAGCCAAGAAAAACAGAACUUUGUAGGGAAAUUACCGAAGAACUAAUUAUGGAAAUAGUCAGAUCGGAAAGAAAUUUAUCUCUUGGGCAAAUUCGGAAAGUGGUGAUGCUGAUAUUUGUUUAUGGGAGUCUACCUGUUGAACUGUAUCAGGUGAUUGUAAACAGUUUUGAGCUGAACACACAUUGGAAAUCCUUGUUUAGGCAGUUUAAAGACUGCAUUGAUUCAGGGAUUGUGAGGUUACCAUUUUUCUUGCAGAUUAGAAGGUCUUUGAGGAUAACCAAUUGGAGCGAAAUGUCAAGUUCCAUUUCACCAUUCCAUUUUUUGUAUCUUCUGGAACGCUUACUUUAUUUGGUAAGUUCUUGGAAACGUUUCUUUUUCACAACAAAGUCUGCUCUCCUGGAGACACUUACAUGUGAAAACUGGAAACUGAAAAUAUCCGAGUCGGAUACAGAAAUCAGCUUAAAGGCAGAACUGCACCUUUUGGAAGGUUCUGUGCUGGCCUUGUGUCAACGUAUACUUUUGGAGAAGAAAGGCACACUGGAAUGGGUUGAGAAAACUAAUACUGCAGCCAAGAAAGACUAUCCUUCUCUUGUUUUAAGGUUAUUUAUCCUUGUUUGUCUAGUCUGUAUUAAUGCUGGAGAUCAUUUUGGAGAACUCGUUGGUCUACUCAUUGAUGAUAACAUAUCUUCUUUGCUCCCACUGGAAUUUGGUAAGAUCCUUGACUUUGCAAAGCCUUCGAAAGAUCCGUAUGAGAAAAUAUCCAGGGAGGUUGAUUAUGGUAAAAUAUCUCAAGUAUUCGCAAAGGUUCUUAAGAUUAUUAAGAAUCCUCUGGUGAUUUUGUAUUUUGGUAAAAAUCGUCCUACCUUUUCCUGUCCUGAUGCCAUAUUCAUAGACAUGAAGUUGAUUCUAUGUAGAGAAGAUAUAUUGGAUAUACUCAACAUCAAGAGACGCAAUGUGUACAACAAGGUGCUGUAAUUGAAUCGAGACUGAAGGCAUAAGUGACAAAAAUGUUCCUUCGUGCAAUAUUGGAAGCAUUGUUCACUGUUCUCAACCUCCCAGUUCAUUCAGUGAACAUGAGCAGUUCAUGGAGAAUGAGCAUGAACAUGUCAGUGAUUUGCAAGGGAGUUGCAGGACCGUUUGGCAUGGAGUUGACGAUUUUUCAAGUCUAAUAUAGAGUUACUUAUUCGUGUUCUUGGUGCUGGAAUUGCCAAAUUGAAGCUGAAAGCAUCUUUAAGCAGUGAAGAUAGUAGGUUCGUCGCUCAAGCAGAACUUAUGCUUGGUGAAUUAAAGCAACGCUCAACUGCUUUAUGGGUUUCUUGUGCCAGCGAGGAGGAAAUGCAGCGCAUCAUGUCAAGUUUUGGCAUACUUCAGAACCAGACAGUAGCCAUGGAGACAAAAUUAAGACAACUGUUGGAUCCUUUAUUUUCCUCAACGCUUAGGUUUCCAGUUACUGUCAUGGAAUCUUCUCAGGCCAGUGUUUCAUCUGAGAGUAGCAAGAAGAAGGAAAAAUCAAGAUUGGAGAAGGUUAAGCAUAAGAAAGGCAGAAGGAAGUAAUAUACUGUAUUAUUUAGUAUUUUGUUACAUUCUGUUCAUCAAUACUUUCUUACUUCUGUAUGCACACUCGGAGGAAUCUGGCAUAUCUGCUGUUAAGUAGUUAAACAGAAAGAAGGUGCUUGGCUCACUACAGGACAGGUUGUAGGUGCACUGGGUUUGAAGCCAAUGCAGCUGCUGUCUGAUUUGUACAUUUUGUAAUAUAAGAAAAAAAAAACUACACUCUAUCCCA